AUGGAUGUAUUAUAUUCACUCAUACGAGUCGAUAAAAAACUUGACAGAUUAGCUCGAGAUAUUACUUUUACACAGUCUAUCAAUUUCGUAACAAUACUAUCAAAUGAACAUGAUAAUUCAAGAAAUAAUUUAAUACUUAAUCGAUUCUGUCUUUCAAUUUUACCUCGAAUUCGGCAAAAUAUUCAAUCUCUUACUCUUGAUUCAUUAUCAAUAGAUCGUGUUCUUCACAUUGGAAAUUAUUCGAAACUUCAUAAACUUAGUCUUGUUAAUCUUCCAAUUGAAAUGGCAUGUCGUAUUUUCAAUGAUGAAUCAUCAUUGGUUUAUACUCUCAAUCAUCAAAUCUCACAUUUAACUGUUACGAUUAAUGUAGACGACAUAGCUCAACAUAUACGAGAAUUGUUUAAAAAUGUUUUUACCACUAUUUUUCGAAUGUUUAUGAAUUUAAUUCAUUUUAAUUACAGUUGGUAUAGUGAUUUAUUGUAUUCACCAAAAGCAUUUAUUGAUUUAGCAUCUAGAACAUGUUAUUCAUCAAAUAUUGUUCAUUUGAAUGUUAGACUUAACGAUUUUAAUGAUUGUCUGUAUUUACUUAAUGGACAUCUUAGUCAAUCGCAUACAUUUAUUGUAGAAAUUAAUAUGAUUCGUAAAACAUUGAUGACUAUCAAUAAUACGAAAACUGUGUCUAAUUUAAAAUGUUUCUCAUUGAUUUCAUUUCGUGAAACAAUUGAGUAUGAUAAUAAAAUUGUACCAUUACUUCGUCAAAUGUCAAAAUUAGAAAAACUUACAAUAUCUCUUAUUGUUUAUCGUCGAAUUUCAUUCAUUGAUGGUAAUCAUCUAGUUAAUGAUAUUCUUAGUAAUAUGUCACAUCUCCAUACAUUUAUCUUCAAUAUUAUUACUGAUAGCGUCAUAAUAGAUGAAGAACUUUUACCAACACCUGAUCAUGUGGUACGGCCACUCAUCGAAAAAGGAUAUAAUGUUAAAUGUUAUACUGAUUAUUGUACAAUCAACAAGGGUCAAUGCCAUAUUUACUCGUUUCCAUUUACUUUGGAAUGCAUGUAUAUGUUUACUAAUAAAUUUCCUGGUGGUUUAUUCGUGAAUGUUCGUCACUUCGUUGCACGUUCUGUUUGGCAUCCAUUCGAACAUGAUUUUUUUGCUCAAAUCUCUCAAGCUUUUCCAUUAUUAAAUAAAUUGACAAUAUCUAAUAGACGUGCUCAAAAGAAGAAGUUAAUACAAGAUGAAUAUGAACAAACAUCAUCAAUUAUUGAAUUUCCUCAUCUUACAAUACUUAACCUCUGUGGAUCUUCUCUUGAUUAUGUUGAACAAUUUCUUUUCGAUUUUUACACACGUUUAACUUGUCUUAAUACGUUAUAUGUCGAUUAUGAACUUUUGUUAUUUGCAACACAGUAUUUUACAAUUGAUGCUGCUCGUGUAAAUUGUUCAAAAGUGAAAUAUAUUUUCUUUGAUUCAAAACCAAAGACAUAUCCAGAAAACUUUCGGAAUUAUUUUCCUUUGUUGUAA